AUGGAAAUUCGAUGGCAGCACAGUGUCGGGUCGCUUCUGCUUCUAGCGCUGAUAGCGGCAUUCGUAAUCGGGACGGCACAAACAGAACCACAUUCAGAGCUGACGGAAAGCAGUCGGAGCUCCUUUGCCGGGGUAGAAAGCGGCACGCAACCCGGUGCCGGCCACUUUCGAUUGGCAGACGAGCUAAUUGCUGCGCGUGCGGAACCCGGAGCCGACGCGCCGCAGAAGCGGCCGUUGGGCAAGGAAACGAAAAAGUACCGGAAAAAGUACGUGUCCGAAGACGAUUAUCGAAAAUCGAUGCCACGCGUCGAGCGGCAGCCUCCGGCGCACGGAACGGCCGAGCCAGAGGUGACCCAGCAAACCAGUGGCACGGCCAAAUCCAGCGAACCGCACAGCAGAAAGAAGCGCUUGAUCUGGGUUACGGAUGAUGGCCGGUUGGCGCUGCCACCCGGCACUUCCCUGACGAUCGCGCCUACCAUCGCCCUGCCUUUUGUCCGAUAUCCGCCAAGCGGGUUCCUAUCCAACAUAUCCAUCAGUUUGCCCAUAACGAUUGACUUUGAUAAACUGGGGCUCACGGAUAAUCAGAAUCCGCUCGGAGUACUGCCGCCCCUGUUUGCCAGAUCGAUGGGCCAAGCAGCCGGUUCGGCCCUGGCAGACUACGUGUCGGACUACAUGCGUGUGCGGAGACGCAAAAGGAGCCUCCCAGACCCAUCGAAUGAAAACUUCAAGAUCACUACCAACACGCUGGAUGACGAGGGCGAGCUGGCGGUACCACAGCUUCCGUCCGAGCACAAGCACGCGUUUCACGGUGGCGAGAGAGCGUUGCUGUACGUAGUUGUGGAAGAUUUCAUUGCCAAUUUCGGACUGGAUGGAAGAGCGUGUAUGCUCCGUGCCAUAUGUGAGGUGCACUCGAAGUCGAUAGAAAAGUUUGGACUGAUCGGAGAAAUGAUGAAACUGUUCUUUACAGCCUCGUUGUCGCCAUACGCACAGCAUUUAGACGAGUACGUGAUGGCGGAAAAGAUUGGACGUGGCCAGGACGGUCCCGGCGAGUGUUUCCCCUACUACAAGGAUUGUCCGCGAAGUCUGUUCCGGUCGUCGAACAACUUCCAGCACAAGUAUCAUCAACAGCAGCAGGAGCGCCAGGAACAGCCCGACGAGUUGGAACGGGACGAGGACGAGGAUGGCUUCGGUAACGAGAUUCCCAACGAUUCGAGAGAGGCCGAAUUCUUACUGCGGGAACCCCGCGCCAGCAGCUCGCGAAGUAGCAACACCAAAGAAAACACCAUCGUGCAGCUAGAGCAACGUGAUCUCACGGAAAUGGCCAUGUGA